UCACCUAGUAUGCAGCCUUCGUACAGCGCACAAUAAACGCAGUGCUCCUACGGCAGCGCUCUUAGUAGCGAUUUCGUUAUACCGCCCCGUCCACUUUCGAAAGUGAGUUUGGUGGAGUGGCGACGAAAUUUUUCGCACGUCGAAUUGUGCCGUGCGUCAUAAUGAGUUCACUCUCAAAUCCCGGCGACCACCGUCGUAAGUGGGACCGGGAAGAGUAUGAACAGCGUGCCAAGGACCGAGCAGCUGAAAAGGACGGCAAACGCAGGCACUCAGAUGAUGAGGACGAAGAUUCAGAUGGUUGUGGACCUAACCUUUCGAGACCUUCUGGGUCUAGACGGGAGAAGAAAGUUCAACGGGAGCUUCUUAAGCCGCGGCAAUACAAAGUCGAUCUCGACUCGAAGCUCGGCAAGACGACGGUGAUCUCGAAGACCGCUGAUCACUCGCAGGCUGGCGGAUAUUACUGCAACGUAUGUGAUUGCGUAGUCAAAGACUCGAUCAACUUUCUCGAUCACAUCAAUGGAAAGAAACAUCAACGGAACCUUGGUAUGUCAAUGAAAGUCGAACGUUCAUCACUUGAUCAGGUCAAGAAUCGUCUCGAGAUGAUGCGCCGAAAGACCGAUGAGAAGAAAAAAGAGUACAACCUUACCGAGCGUGUCCGAGAGCUCGAGGAAGAAAGCGAAAGACUUAAGGAGUACCAGAAAGAGAGGAAAAAGGACAAGAAAAAACGAAAACAGGAACAGGCGGAUGCAGACGAGGAGGGGACAGGACUUGAUCCUGACAUAUCGGCCAUGAUGGGCUUUUCAGGAUUUGGCGGGAGCAAGAAGAAUAACUGAAAUCACUACAGUGAAAUCCAAUAGAACGCGGUCUGUAAGUGAGAUGAUAGAAGGCCGAUUCUUCAUUUGUCAUCGACCGUACACAGAUGUCUAAGUAGAUUAUGCUAUUUACGGGUGGAUGUAUGAGUUGCACAAACUGCAGAAUCGUAUUUGCGCCUCAGAAGUAUUUAGAAACAUUAAGUGAAGUUUUGUUUUGCGCAAAAUAACCUAAAAUCGGCCAAGUCAGCGGCGAGAUGUCGCGUUGAUUAGCGACGAAUAAGUAGCCUUCACGAUCGGUUUUUGUUUCGGGCCUUGGUCCUAUAGUAGCCAGCGACUUUAUUGGGCAAAACAGGAGAAUAAAUGGCUAGCUCUACUACCAGCCUCAUUGGCAGUUUACCGUUGAGUGUCGCGGAUUAUUGGAUAGUGAGGGAAACCAGUAUAAUGACAUUAACAGAAGAAGAGGAGAUUUCGCGGUGGGACGAGCUCCUCAAAGAUCGCUACACAGAAAAUGACCUCUUUUAUACGGAGCAUCUAGCGAAAAUCAGAAAAGGUCCACCGGUCAUCGAGCAGUGGAGUCGCAGUCGAGGAAGAGCUGGAUGGAGCAAUGAUCGUCGUUGCAACCGUCGGCGGGAUGGUAUUGACCGGGGAGGCGGUGGUGGAGAUCGACGUGACGAACGUUGGGGCAGACGUUUGGAUCGAAGAUGGAGGGACGAUGACAGGGAUCGACAUGGGUGCAGCUCGCGAAGAGAGUUUCAAGCUGACGAUAGAGGUCAACUAGAUCGCAGGGAUUCUUCAAGAGAACGAAUAGAGUACAGAUCUAGCCAGCGGCAGAUAGACUUUGACAGAAGUUUAAAAAGGAGGCAACCUGAGUCGCAACCAGAUGGUAACAAAAAUGCUCGGACAGCAGAUGGCGGAAGAGCCACCGUUACGAGAAACGAGAGAGGAUGGGAGGUUGAAGAAAUCUAGUCUAAAUCAGGAUUCGGAGGAUUCGUCAAUGAUCGCUCACUAAUCUUUGCGAGCUUUUCUACCCGCCACGCACUUCACUUGUCGAUUCACAUACUUUCACCGCAUGCUUUGCAUUUGGCUUGGCUGGGGGCAGGUUAAAAAAAGGAUUUCUGCUCUGUAACGCAUACGUCACUGAUCUUACCGGUUUAGUUAGAAAAAAGACUUGAAAAAUAUAGGCAAAUGAAUGAAUUUUAGGGACUUUUUUAAACAACGAACUUCAAUAUCGGUACCACUCGUUUACAACCAUCCAUGCCCAAAUGAUGUUUUUAUAUACUACUGUAGACUUCAUGUAAAUGAUUGAAACACUAAAGCAAUAUGAACCUAAAUUUACUUUGACAUUUUUAAAACGGACAAUAUUUAAGCAUAUUCUAGUGAUGCAGUAAAUAUACGACUCUGAGCAUAAGCAGUAUGCUCGAGAUCAGGAAAAGUGACGUCAUGGAAAGUGUCGCAUAUAUGUAUUGUAUUGCGUAGGAACGUCUUCCAGCCGUGUACAUAAUUUGCUCUUUUCAGAAUCCAUUGUCCUACUCACAGUAACAUUUAAUGGCUAACAUGAAACAAGCAAGUUGGACGGCCUACCAAUUGGCAGAAUUUCUUUCAACCAAAUCGGUCUGAUGGUGUAGUUUUAAUUCAACAGUACUCAUGCUGAACUGACUCAAGAAUAACGAUAGUUCAUUUAGAGGCGCCAAGUUAGGAGAAUCACAGGCAUCAGUGCAAGGUUAUUUUAUUUUUGCAAAUUUACGAGUGAUUUCGAAGAGACAAUUUCUGUACGAGGAUCCCAAGUUACAGUAUCAAAUAUGUGCAUUAUAAAUGCAACAAAGUAUGGAAUUCUAAUAAUCCGCUUACACAGGGAUUCGAUUUGCAAUGCGUGCCUCUUCCGUUGUUUCAAUAAAAAAAAAAGACUAAAAAAACAGAGAAGCCUUUUGAAUUACGAGUUUUUCUGCAUAUUAUGCUGCACAUCUUCAAAAUCUUGUCCUUGACUCUUGUCGAGAACACCAAUGUAUUUAUCGUGUAACUGAAGCAUAGAAAAAUCGUCCUUCAUGAAAAGUAUAGGCUGCGAGAACUAAAAAUAUUAAAAGGA